AUGUCACGUAGGAGUGAAAUUGAAUUAGUUGCAUGUUGCCGCGACGCAGUGAACCUGAAAAUCGCCCUCACAUUCCAUAGCAUGACUAGCUCGAUUGAAUCACUGGAACAUCUCGAGAGGACGCACGAGCUUUUGACAGCCUUCAGUGUGGAAGGUGUUAUUGCGAACGAAAACUGCAGAGGCAUCAGGUGGAGAAUUAACGACGUAACAUUGCACACGGAUGCCAUCCACAGAGGAGGUGGUCAGAUCAUUCCCACAGCCAGGAGGGUGCUCUAUGCAUCGCAGAUGAUGGCAGAGCCCAGAUUUCUGGAGCCAGUGUACCUGGUUGAGAUCCAGUGCCCAGGAGAGGUUUUGUCUGGAGUGAGCAGUGCCAUGAAUGCCAGGAGGGGAAAUAUCUUCGAGCAGAGAGCAGAAUCCCAUCACAGGCACACCACAGUACAAAGAUGCACUGGAUAUUUACGGAAAGCGACGGGCGGACAAGCGUUCCUUCAGUGUGUAUUUGACCACUGGCAGGUGAUGAACUACGAUCCUCUUGCGGUGCAUCCCCAAGACAUGAAGGACCCGGCCAAGGUCAAACAGUUCUACGAUAACAACCAGGCCUACAAAAUCAUGAUGAAGAUCAGGAAGCGAAGGGGCUUGAAUGAGGAACAACCGAAGUUGGAUGACUACUUCGACAGGAUGUGA